AUGUCUAUUCACGAAGCAACUCCAAUGUUCGAAUUUCACCACUCUCCGCAAAUUUUCAAUCCCAGGGGUGUCUCGGAGGUUAACUCAGAUACUGUUUACCGACUAGCGAGUAUGACAAAGCUUUUCACCAUCUUGGGCCUGUUGAGGACUGAGAAGGUCAGCCUCGAGGAUCCCAUCACUAAGUAUCUUCCCGAACUUCGCGAUAUUCAUAAGGAAGCAGCAGCACAGGACGCAAUUCGCGUUGUUGACUGGGAUAGCAUUACACUAGAAGCCUUGGCUGCGCAUCAAAGCGGAAUAGGUGCCGACUGUGAUUGGACGGCAAAAGGCUUUCUACCAGCUGAUAACAAGACACGGCUUCAAUGCUCGGGCUUCUUCGGACAAAGGCCUUGUAACAGAAAAGAUUUUUUUGAACACUUUGGCAAACGCCCGCCAGUCCACGCGCCAUUUGAAACCCCGAUUUAUUCGAAUAUCGGGACGACUCUGCUAGGACUUGUCAUCGAAACUGUCACUAACCAGACAUACGAGGACUGGAUCCAACAUACUAUCAUCGAUCCAAUUAAAAUGAAUCGAACUUUUCUGUCAAACCCAGCAGAUUCAUUGGGUUUCAUUCCUAUCAACGCCACCGAUUGGCCCGUCGAGCUUGGUGUUGAGGCACCCACCGGAGCGAUAUACUCUACUACAUCAGAUCUCAUGGCAUUUGGCAAAGCAAUUCUAAGCUACGAAAUGCUUUCCCCCAUAAGAACUCGGAAGUGGAUGAAACCUCUAGCGUCGACUUCUUCCAUUAGCACCCUCAUCGGAGCUCCAUGGGAAGUUUACCGGUCCAAUAAAGUGACCAAAGACGGCCGUUUGAUAGAGUUUUAUACGAAAGCUGGAGAUCUUUUCACGUAUCAUUCUGUUAUCGCUCUCAUUCCAGAUUACGACUUGGUGAUGGUCGCUCUUAUGGGUGGACCUGAAGUUUCUGGCGACACAACCUACCAUGUGAUUGGAGAUGCAUCGACCGCUUUGCUUCCCGUCAUAGAACAAGCUGGUAAGGCCAAAGCGCAGGCCCAGUAUGUGGGGACAUAUACCGAUGCCUUGACCAACUCGACUCUUACACUAUCCCUCGAUGACAGCCCUGGUUUCAGAGUCACAAAAUGGCAAGUUCGUGGAGUGGAUGUUAUUGGAACAUCUUUGCUCGGCGACUCUCCAGCCGUACCGCCACGGGUUCGCUUGUACCCCUCGGAUCUGUCUACCAGCAACCAAACAGCUUGGAGGGCUGUGUUUGGCGGCAGUGCUAAUGAUGUCGCUGCGGAAGACGCGCUGUAUCCCUGGGAUCAGUUUAGUUGUAGCUCAUGGGCAUCACUCGACAAACUCAUCUACCAGUUCCAGGGUCAAGAUCUCUUUGUUUUUGAUAUGAUAGAGGAAGAGGGGGGUGUCUUGGUAUAA